UCAAAACAUGCGCAAACUUAUUUACAAAAUACUUGUUUAGCCCAUGGUGUUCUGCUAUCAAUGUCGGAGACCCGAUGUUAUCUAUUCGCAUAAUUUAGAGAUAUAAUUGAGAUAUUUCAUAUAAUUAUGACCUUACGUGAAAUAUUCCAACUCAAUUAUUGAAAUACUAUAUGUUUUUCUUAAUUUAAAAACGAAAGAAACAAUUUUCUAUUAUAGUAAUCCGAACGUAGAGUAGUAGCUGAUUCAAAUAGAAUAAUGCACAAACCUAACAUUCUUUUUUUUCAUUUAUUAGGUUUUUUUAUUUUACUUAACAUAUUAGCAUACGUGGAAUGUAACAAAGCACCUACAAGUGAAGAACUUAAAGCUUACAAAUUUCCUCCAUGUGCAGCUUGUAAACAAUUGACAAAUAGUUUUAAAAAGGGUAUAGAGAGGACUAGCCGUGAAAAAUUUGAUGGUGGUGACAGUGCAUGGGAGGAAGAUAAAUUAGGUUCAUAUUCAAAAAGUGAAACUAGAUUAAUAGAGAUACAAGAACAUUUAUGUAAAGAAUUAGAACGUGGUGAAACUCAAUGCCAAGCUUUAGCUGAAGAAUUAGAGAGCAAGAUAGAAGAAUGGUGGUUUAAUCAUCAACAAACACAUCCUGAUAUUUAUGAUUAUAUAUGUAUUCAACAGACAGAACGCUGUUGUCCAAAAGAUCAUUUUGGUCCAGAAUGUGUACCAUGUCCUGGUUAUCCAGAUAAAAUUUGCAGCAACAAUGGCAAAUGCCAAGGAGCAGGAACUAGGAAAGGAAUUGGUGGAUGCUUAUGUGACAAAGGAUAUGAAGGAGAAAACUGCUCUGACUGUUCUAGUGGAUUUUAUGAAUCAUAUAGAGAUGAAAAUAAACUACUAUGUUCUCAAUGUCAUGCUGCCUGUGAUGGUCCCUGUGAAGGACCUGGACCAAAGAAUUGUAAGAAAUGUAUGAAAGGAUGGUACAUGGUAAAAGAUAAAGGAUGUUUUGAUAUUGAUGAAUGUAUCCAAAGUGAACAAUACUGUCCUGGAAAUCAGUUUUGUAUUAAUAAAGAUGGAAGCCAUUCCUGUUUAAGUUGUGAUAGAGCUUGUAAUGGGUGCACAGGUGAUGGUCCAGACAUGUGUUUAAAAUGUGCAGAAGGAUAUUAUAAGAGAGAUAAUUUAUGUAUAAAUUCUGAUAUCCUGGGCCGUAAACAAAAGGAAAAUGUUGCUAGAUAUGCUACCUAUUUUGGUCUUUGUGUUGCAACAUGUAUCAUUUUUCAACGUAAUAUUUAUAUAGCUAGUGUAAUUGGAUUAUUAGUUGGUAUAUACAUAUCAGUGUCAGAGUAUAUGAUAGCACAUAGUAAUGUUCAGGAUACAACAGCAAAUGUAGAUAUAUUAGGACCAGUAUAA